AAUAAAUAAAUAAGAUAAAACCAGGCGCCCCUUUGAUUAUUGCCUUUGCAAUUGCCUUUUCAUUUUGCUCUUUUUAGCUGGCUCAUGAUCAAUAUCAAUCAUUAGCCCUUCUCCAUAUCUCUAGCUAGCUGCCUCACUUCUCCCCAGCUAGAUCUUUUCAGCUCUCAAACCCUAAUUUGACUGUUACAUUACUAUAUAUGUAUUGUUCACAGCAACUUUCUAUUAACAUCCAUCAGAACUAGCUGCCUAGCCUUUUUUCUUUCUUUUUUUUUGUUCUAGAUCAUGACUCCAACUUAUCUGAAUUUACUAGCUUCUCCUCCCUCCACAUCUGCUGAUCAUGGUGAUCUUCUUCAGCAGACUAGUAUUUUCGGCUCAAACAAUUAUCAAGAUGCAUCUUCGUGUUCUUACAUAACCACUCAUAAUUUUUUCGACUUGGAAACUACUAAAAAUCAGAGUGAUGAAAUCUGUCGACAGGAUAUUCAGCAGUCACAGUUUCGACAAGAUCUGGCUGAUAACUUGGCUAGUUCACAUGGCGGAUCAUUUGAUAUAGAGAAUGAGACCAGUGACACUGGACUGAAGUUCUCGAUAUGGAAACAAGAGGAGAAGUAUGCAAAUCAGGAGAGUACUUAUAACUAUAACAAUGAAAUCAAGUUGAUGUCCCCUAAGAUGAGGUGGAUGCAUAAGAUGAAGAACGACGUCGACUCCCCACCACUAAAAACGACUACUACACUGAUCAAGCUUGGAGAUCAGAAGCCGCCGCCCUCAUCGCCUAUCGGAGCUGAUAACACCAGUAACACUUCUUCAAACAGCAUGAUCAGCCACCCAAUCAGGACUUGCUCAGAUUGCAACACUACCAAGACCCCUCUAUGGCGAAGCGGACCUCAAGGCCCUAAGUCACUUUGCAACGCAUGUGGAAUUCGGCAAAGGAAGGCAAGGAGGGCCAUGGCGGCAGCUGCUAAUGAUACAGCUUUCGAGAAAGAGACAACUCCACCAGCAGUGAUAAAAACCAAAAAGUAUAAUAAACUCAAGACUAAGACAAAGCAAGAAAAGGAUAAAACUUGUGUGAGUGUUGCGAAAUUCAAGAAACGGAGCUGCAACCUUAUGAUUGAGGGUGAGGAUGAAGCUGGAAAAAAGGUUUGUCUGGAGGAUUUUCUGCUGAAUCUUACUAAUAAUUUGGCUUAUCAUCAAGUGCUGCCGCAAGACGAGAAGGAUGCUGCUAUUUUGCUCAUGGCCAUGUCUCUUCAUCACACUCAUCGUCAAUAAUAUGUCACCAUGAGGAAUAUUCCGGCUGAAGCUAGCGGCAUGUAAGACAAGUGUUUCAUUUGGAGGAAGUAUCAGUGGUUUUAUUUUUCACACAUGUAUUUCUUGAUUUUACCUUUAGAUCUAUAACAAAAAAGUUUUUAGUGUGUUUUCCGCUAUUUAGCUAUUUGUAUUCGGUUUGAGGUUGCACUUUGGUGUACAACUUUUGUGUUUACAAAGUUUACAUUACACUA